UUUAAGUCUAAUAUUGUAGAAAAACAAAUAUGUGCCUUAUGUAACUCGGGUUAUUAUGCAGGUGCACUGCGCCUUCUACCCUGAUUCCAGGACGGCGGCAUUGGCGGCGCGUGAAGGAGAAGAGGAGUUCGUCACCGGAGCUCAUCGGGCGAAGGCAUCGACGGUGCGGCGGUCUGUUAAGGAGAAGAGGAGUUUGCGACGGGUGGUCGACGGGCAAAGAGACACCCACGGAUCUAGUAAAUCCGGGAUUUUAGGCAAAACGGUCGGAUUUGAAGUUACGAUCUUUACCGUUUCGGUAGAACUCAAGUUAAAUUCUGCUACCAAACCGCCCUUAACUUUGUCUUCCAUGCGGCCUCUUUGAUUUCGAGCUCCGAUGGCGGAGGACCACAGAGCUGGUGGAGCGGACACGACAGCCAUGUCGGCGGAGGAAGACAGUCAGGUGGUUAACCCUUGGGAGGUAUCGGCAAAGGACGGCGGAAAGAUAGAUUACGACAAGCUGAUUGAAAAGUUUGGAUGCCAGCGGCUUGACCAACCCCUUGUCAAUCGUGUCGAGCGCCUCACUUCUCGCCCUGCCCACGUAUUUCUCCGCCGCGGCGUCUUCUUCGCACACAGGGAUUUUAAUGAGAUUCUUGAUGUCUACGAGAGAGGGGAGAAGUUUUAUCUUUAUACGGGGAGGGGACCAUCAUCAGAGGCUCUGCAUCUUGGCCAUUUGGUGCCCUUCAUGUUCACUAAAUAUUUGCAGGAUGUGUUCAAGGUUCCGCUGGUGAUUCAACUAACUGAUGAUGAAAAAUGCAUGUGGAAGAAUUUGUCAGUGGAAGAGUCUCGAAGACUUGCUCGUGAGAAUGCAAAGGAUAUCAUUGCUUGUGGCUUUGAUAUUUCAAGAACAUUUAUUUUUUCAGAUUUUGAUUAUGUCGGUGGUGCCUUUUACCAAAACAUGGUCAGAGUUGCAAAAUGCGUAACCUUCAAUAAG